GCAGAGAAAACUCUGGGGGCGUGGAACUCGAAUCUGCUCGUACCAGCCACGCUCGCUCACCAGAUACACAUUUGAAGAAGUUCUAACAGAAGAAAGGAGUGUUUUUGGCAGUAAUGCGCCAUAACGUUGGAUGCCAACCGCUGAUAAACCCUACAGACGAAGAGUGUAGUUGUUGAUUGCUAAAUCUCGGUUGGGAAUAUGCAUGUUUACCGUUGAUCUCCGGUAUGUGUGAGGAGAGGAGCGGCGCGGCGCAGGCUUUCUAAUUAAACUCUUCAAUUCAACUUUUGAGGAUGGUGCCCCAUAAUGCUUGAAAUGCUACUCAGCUCAAUGUGCUGGGACAGAUAGAGCUGACACAACAUGUAUAACGCUUGUGAAAAUGCCAGAUCAAGAGACUGGAGCGACGGUGACGGAUACAGCCGCCAUAAUAUGGCUCACUGGGAAAGUGCUCCCCCAGCUGGAGAAAGACAGUACCUCACCCAACAGGCAAGGGAACACCAGUGGCUGAACCGUGAGGAUGAAGCUGCCGUGCGGGCCCACUACAAUUCCCAUCAACAAAACUCUCAGAUGGACUUCCGUGGACAUCGGACACAAGAGACCCAGCCGCCUCUGUAUCAUCAAGACCAUCACAGAAAUCAGAACAUAAGGGAUAGGCCCAAUCUCUAUGGACCCUUGAGAGAACCGGCACCUCCUAAUGUAACCUUACACUGCAGUGGAGAGAGAACAGUAACGUGGGCUAACCAUGAACCCCACUUCCCCAGCAAUGACUUUUUACCCCACUCAACGUCGAAAGAGGGCAUGAGGAUAUUUCCCAUCACCAUAACACCGACCAGGAUUAUCUGGUUGGUCGUGGAGUGAAUCAUAACAAUCUCCAUUACUUGGAAAGCAAAUGGCAGAUGUUCGAUGGACAUGCUAGAGGACAUUGCCAUGUACAUUCAAGGGGACAUUUUACUGAAUGCUCAAGGGGAUGUUCUAGGGGUGAUUCCUGUGGAAAUUCUAGGGGUGGUUCUAGUGUAUGUUCUCUGGGUGGUUCCAGGGGUCAGUCUAGUGGACGUUCUCGGGGUGGUUCCAGGGGUCGGUCUAGUGGACGUUCUCGGGGUGGUUCCAGGGGUCAGUCUAGUGGACGUUCGAGGGCCCAUUCCAAAGCAGCCAGCCAUGGUAUACUAGGACCUAGUGUUCCUUCCCAAGCUAUAACACAAAAAACAGAUAAUCUUCCUGGCAAUGUUGCUCUUGUUUCUCACACCCAGACCUCUGUCACCACUGACCAGCAAUAUGCUCCCUCUCCUCCCAAACCUCUCACUGAGACACUUCAGGAAAAACCUCCUCAUAAACAUAAGAUCUCACUCAAUGAAAUACAGGACUGGCUCCACAGUGUUUUAAGAUCUAAAAAUGGACCCAUAAAUGGGAACAACUCAACACAAGACCCCUCCCAGGCACAACAAUUCAGCACAGAGAAGAUGGAUAUUUUACAAGCAGGCAAAAGGCACCUACAUAGUAACACCAAAGACAACCAGGCGAGGCCCCCUGAGAGGUUUAGUCCUGAGGACUCCACUAUACGGCUGGAGAUUAAGUCCACCCCCAGGUGCAUGACCCUGACGGCAGUCGCCACCACUCCGCCCCCUGUGGCUAUUGUCCCUCCAAUGGGUCCACAGCAGUCCCCAGAGCCAAUGGAGACAGAGAAUACAGGCGAUGAGCUGCCAUUUAAGAUUUUACGGGCCUGGUCCAUCAACGAACAACAAGUGGAAAGCCUGUGGGAAAGAGCUAAAGAUGAUGCAAGUUCUCUCUCUGUCCGAAAUGAGCCGGUUCAAGUUGAGAGUUUUAUGGAGUAUGAUAAGCCUGUAGAUGCAUCUGCAACAAGUUCACUGGCAUCUACUGGAGAGGACAAUGAUGAGGUCCUUCAGGUCAUCACACAGACAGACAAGAGUUCACCUUCACCAUUUGUCCACACCAUCCCUCAGGCAACUGAUAUUGUAUGCACCGGAGGUACCCAGACAAUCGUGGAAGUUAGCUCCAACGGCGCAGAUGAGAGAUCUCUUGUUUUGUCCACAAUUGCUGAAGUUCAGUUCAAGUUACGUACGCUGCAGCAACUGGUUAGUUAUCGGGAGAAGGCAGCAACAAUCACAGAGGCAAAGGAUGGUUGUCUAGAAGCCAUAUUGGAGCAGUAUUGGGGCGGGGAAACCUCUAACCUGGUAGAAGCUUUAAAAGAUAAAAGGGAUAAGGAAAUCAUGCGAGAUGUGUCUGCCUGGGCCGCAGAGGAUGAGGAAGCAGUGGUUCUCUUUGCAGUCAGUGGUAUAUCACUGGGGGAAGUGGUCGAGAAGUUUCCCAUUCAAGCGCAUGUUGACAGCUCUUCCCAAGUGGGUUACAGGUCAUCCUGGUUAAAUGUCAACGAGAAGCUGAAUGACAUUGACAAAGAAUCUGGAAGAGCUUGGUCUCUCUGGUUCAUACCAGAUAAAGCAGAGGAGAGUUCCAAAGUUGUUGGGGGAGUCAAAAUGGAUGACACCUUCCACAGCGAGAUGGAGACUGUGGAAUUUCCUGCACGACAACCUGUUGAAGCAACAGACUCAGACCUCAAAACAAACAUAGACCUCAUGAUGGUUGCAGACUCCUCAACAGGCACAGACCUCCCAACAGAUGCAGACUCAGAGACCGAACCCCUUUCCCCAAUGAUUUUGACCGUCCUCACACCAGAGGAUGCUGUGAAACUGCUUGCUGAAACAGAGGCACCAGGCGCAGACCUCACAACAGACUCAAACUGCCCAACAAAUGCAGACCUCACAACCGACUCGGACACAGACCCCCUUUCCCCAAUGCAUUUGACCGUCCUGACAUCUGAGGAUGCCAUGAGACUGUUUUGCCAGAUCGAAAAUGGCUCUGACCUCCAACUCGGGUCCCAUGAACCAUGCUCUGAAGACAAAGACGAGACAAAGACAAAGCAACCAGAGAAUAUAGAAAGUGGCAGCUUAGAUAAGUCCUGCUACUGUCCUUGUAUUAUUGAAACUGACAAUGGGUUUGAAAGUGGCCUAUGCACCAGUUGUCAGAGGGAGAAAGGACUGCAGCAAGGUACAAGAUGCUUAACAAUCGCUCAAUGCUUUACCCUGUUAGAUACAAGCGACAAUUCAGAUCAGGAGACAGAAGAGGUCCCUAAGGACUCUGGGGGGAAGGCGACUGGGGACAAUCAAUGCAGGGACAAGAAGCAGAUACAUUCAACUGAAGAAGAGGGUGAUGACAAUCAAUCCUGUGACAAUAAGACAGAGGGAGAAAUGCAGCAAUGGACAGGUGUCAUACCGAUCACUGACUUUUUUUUCUGGUCAGAUACAAUUGAGGAUUCAGAUCAGGAGACAGAGGAGGACCCUAAUGAACAACAUGCUCAGAUUGAGGCUCAUGCUUCUAAUGUUAAAAGGACAGAGCCUGAAACUGAUGCCAAAGCACCAUGUGAGUCAGCCCAAGAACAUACUACCCAAAACAAAGUCAGUCCUGGUUCUGAGGAUAGGGAAAUGCCGCAAGAGAAGGACCAAGACUGCAGGACGAGUACAUUACCACUUCCCAAGGUUGAAAACCCCUCUAAGUUAAGAGCUAACAUCAUAGCAGACAAGUGGUGUUCACCUGUAGAGGACUGUGGUUCACCUGCAGAGAAGUAUGACAAAGUUGCUGACUUUGUCACUCAAUACAAAACCUGCAACUCAAAGAAAAAAGUAAAAGAAAAAAUGGAAAAGGAGGAAACCCUCCAUCCAACAUCAUCUGACAGACAAAAGCCCAAGAAACGCCAUGGGAGAGCAGAGAGGGGACAGUCACCAUCCCAACCCCCUAAGAGCUCUGGGGUGAAGGCAACUUUGAAUAAUCAACGCAGGGACAAGAAGCCACAUGCGUCACACAAGAGGAGACAUUUGACUGAGAGCGAUGAAAGUCGAUGCAAAGACAAGAAGAGGGGAUCAUCAACCAAGAAAGAGCGUGAGGGCAGUCAAUCCAGGGACAAUAAGCCACCGAAGAGGAGACAUUCAACUGAGAAAGAGAGUGAGGACAAUCAAAGUAGAGGCAAGAAGGGGAGACUUUCAAUGGAACAACUGGGUGAGGCCAGUCAAUCUAGGGACAAGACGUCACAGAAGAGGAGAAAUUCAACUAAAACUGAAAGCAGGAACUCCAAAGAGUUCCAGUGCCAGUUGGUGGAAAGCGAGAGCGACAGAGGCAGUAAGAAGUCACCGCCGUGCCCUGGGGUGAAAACCCUCCAUGUGCUGGGAUCCUCAUCUACCACUGUUCCUCUCAAACUCUCCCUAAACAUCUGCAAACAGCCUUCCACAAAUGGCUCACCCUCAACACAUACUGAGGAAGUCCCCAAAAGGCCAAAGACUAAAACCCCAUACAAAACUAGCAGACACCACUCCCCUGCAAUGUCGGUGUCUCCUGUUGUCAAAGAGAGGCAGAGGAACGGUGUGAAACACAAGCAAAAAAUUCAACCCCUAAAAGUCAGAUUGAAAAAGCUGUCCUUACCCAAACAUCUGGUCAGGAAAGGUUCACCACCAAGGCAGAAGAGGGUGGAGGAUAGAGGAGACCCUCUGAGUUUAGGGGUAAUGGUCUCUAAGAAUCCUGACUCGUACAAGAAACUAAAACGUAAGGCGGAGCGCGACUUGACAUCCCAACAGAUGUUGUCAAAGAUUCCGAAGGUGUUGAAUAUGAAUGAGACAGGAAAGUUGUCAAAAAGCGAGCGUGAGCGCGACUCGCUGCCCCGCAAGCCAAAGCUGCCAAGGAUUCUGAAGCUUCUAAGAACUCAAGUGGUUUCAAAGGAUGGGAAUGAGAGAGAGAACAGAGAAGAGACAUCUCCCAGUGCUUCACCUGAAUCACAAAUGCUGAACAAACCUGCAAGAGUGGCACACAAGCCCAAACCUUGUAUCAAGCCUGCCAGUCCCAAUGGUUAUAGCCCAGGUAGUCAUGCUUGCUCUAAUCCGGCUAGGAUAUCAGAGCAACAUGGCAAUGGACAUUUUGGGGCAAAAGUUACUGCGAGGCAGCAGGUGUUCUCAGAUUGGGAGAGCAGCUUUGUCCCGACUCCAACCCCCCGGACUCGUAGACGAUCAGGGUGUCCUCCAGAGGAAGUGGAAGGUCCACAGGCCAGUCCCAGGUGCAGCUCGGAGACCAGGAUUAUUCGAUCCAUUCUAAAACGUGUCGAUUCUCUGCCGAAACCCAAGCGGAAUGUCAGCUUUCCUUUGGAUCCAAUGAACGUGCACUACUUCAAUCCCCGUGAAUAUGAAAAUCACGUAAUGUUCAACAGGUCUUACACAGAUCCGGAAGAUGCACAGCCUUCUGACGAUGAAGAGGAAGAUGCUUCUGUGAACUGCCAGAAUCUGAAGGAACAGUCCCCUCUUAGGGAAGAGAAGCGGCAAGAUGUAGGGGAGCUGAAGCCUGGACCAAGCGCUGCAUGUGAUAAGAGCUUCAAAAGGAAGUGGGAAAUGCAGGAGCCUGCUGCCAUUUUGAUGAAGAAGAGCAUUGUUCAGGCAAAGCAUUUGACAAAGUCUCUCCAUCAUGAACCUCCAAAAGACUCCAGACACUCGGCAAGAAAAACUGGAGUUUGUUACAAGUGGUCAGAGAAGCAGAGGAAGAGGCCCAAUGAAACUGAAGGUACGUCGCAGGCUAUGCCAGCCUCACGUGGCACCUCUCUGAAUGCAAGCCUCCCUCACGGUCACCAUCCAGGUUCCUCUCAGAAUGCAAGCCUCCCUCACGGUCACCAUCCAGGUUCCUCUCAGAAUGUAAGCCCCCAUCGUGGUUACCAUUCAUCCUCCAGCCAAGGGAGAAGAGUUGAGCCAAUGGCCAGUCACCAUAGCUCUCCUGUCGGCGAAUGGAACGAGCGGUGGUCAGGAGAUUUGUAAGCAUAUCAGUCGGCCCUGACAGGAUACACGAGACGGGAACAGUAGUUGAUGGCAACUGGCAAAGAUAAUACUUUUUCCUCAAACCUGACAUUAUUCAUAUGCUGUUCUUUAAAAAAAAAAACUUGAAACAUUACAGACAGCCAUAUUUAGGCUACAUUAUGCAGUUGACUUUUCUACAUGUUUUUAUCUGUUUUUAAAUGAAUAGACAUCUGAUUUCUCUCCCUAUAAUAGGUUCGGUUAGCUGUGGUUGAAACCGUCAGACGUAUGUUUUAUAUACCACGUGUUACUGUUACUCUUAAGGGUGAUUGGUGUUCGGUUACUCGUACACUUAUAGUAUUGUUUGCCUACAUUGUUAGAGCGUCAUAGUGAUUGAAUCAUCAUAGUGAUGGUAUUGUACAUUGUAUUAAGUUUGUUUACAGUCUUUUUUUAAAUUGACUAUUUGUUUUAUUGCAGCCAGAACCAAAGCUAAAGGGGAGAAACCAGACUGAGCGUAUUGUUUUAUGAGAUUCUGCUGUCUCAUACACAAAGAAAUGUGUCAAUUGUAACAUGUUUUUUUUAACACUGGUGAUAAAAUGAAUCAGAUAUCCGUCAUCAAAUGAUAUUUGAAGCCAAUGUCACUUUGUUUGAUGUGGUUCCUUGCACUGGGUUUUUAGUUAUCUGUGGCAGUAGAUGUUGCUUGUAGUUAAAUUCAACUACUGCUAAUGUUUUGGGUAUUGUGGAAUGGUGUGUACUUUACAGGUCACUGGUUUUAUACUUUGUCUUAAACAUUGGUCGAAAUGCCAUUUUUGUUUUUCAGAUUUUGUCCGUUUUGAUAUUGUACUGUUUUAUUUUACCUCUGAUGUUUACUGUGUUAUGGCACUGAACUAAUAUAAAAAUACAGAAAAUA